UCCAGAAUUGAGACCAGACAAUAAAUGUUUAUUGACUAAUUCAAACCUCUUCAAUUUUGCUUAAAACUAACCACCUCAGUUGACUAAUCAUAAUCCUAAAACCAUUUUCACCACUUCCCCCUCUCUCAAAUCUCUCCGCCCUUCACCGGAAUCUGACAUGAGAUGCCGCCGUCACCAACUCUCCCCCUUCUCCUCCUCCUCCUCUUCCUCUAUAUUUCACUUCCCUGUUCAGCUCUCGACUUCCUCUUCAACUCCUUCAACGCCACAAAUCCCGACAUCACUCUAAUCGGCGACGCCCGUAUCGACUCAUCAGUCAUCCACCUCAUCAACGACACCAACCAGUUCUCCCUCGGCCGUGCUUUUUACCCAUCAAGAAUCCGAAUCAAACCAUCUCAAAACUCCACAACCCUCUUAUCAUUUUCAACUUCCUUUGUCUUCUCAAUUUUACCAGAGAUACCCACAUCUCCAGGCUUCGGCCUCACCUUUGUUCUCUCAAACUGGACAGACCCACCUAACGCACUUGCUAGCCAGUACUUCGGUAUCUUCAGUAACGCCACCGUACCUCCUCCAGCUCCACUGCUCGCGGUAGAGUUUGACACUGGGAGAAACACUGAGUCUAACGACCCGGAUGGGAAUCAUAUAGGAAUUGAUUUGAAUAAUGCUGACUCUGCCAAAACUGCACAAGCUGGGUAUUUUAAUUCAUCUGGUGGGUUCGUGCCUGUUGAUAUGUAUGCCGGAGAGAAUAUUCACGCAUGGAUUGAGUUUGAUGGGGCUAACUUUGAGAUAAAUGUUACGAUUGCUCCUAUUGGUGUGCCACGUCCUUCUGUUCCUACGUUGUCAUAUAAGGAUCCUAUCAUUGCUAAUUAUGUUUCAGCUGACAUGUUUGUUGGAUUUUCGGCUUCGAAAACUACUUGGGUUGAGGCGCGGAGGAUUUUAGCUUGGAGUUAUAGCGAUGUCGGAGUUGCUAGGGAGAUUAACACGACUAAUCUGCCUGUUUUUACGUUCCCGUCGUCUUCUAAAUCCUUAUCUACCGGGGCUAUUGCUGGGAUUAUAGUUGGUUGUUUAGCUUUUGUAAUAAUUUUUGCUUCGGGAGUGUACUUUUUUUGGUUGAAGAAUAAGUUGAAAGAUGAUGAAGAAGAAGAGGUGGAAGAUUGGGAACUUGAGUACUGGCCUCAUAGAUUCUCCCAUGAAGAACUAACCGUAGCUACCAAAGGUUUCUCAAGUGAUCAGCUUCUGGGCGCAGGAGGGUUCGGAAAAGUAUACAAAGGAACCAUCUCAUCAAACAAUACGGAAAUCGCAGUCAAAUGCGUAAAUCACGACUCGAAACAAGGGUUAAGAGAAUUCAUGGCGGAGGUAUCAAGUAUGGGUAGACUCCAGCACAAGAACCUCGUUCAACUCCGAGGCUGGUGCAGAAAAUCUAACGAACUCAUGCUUGUUUACGAUUACAUGCCUAAUGGAAGUCUCGACCGCUACAUAUUCAACUCGAAUAAUAACUUAUUGAACUGGCAAAAACGUCGCCAAAUCCUCUCGGAUGUAGCAGAAGGUCUAAACUAUCUUCACCAUGGAUGGGACCAAGUAGUUAUACACAGAGAUAUUAAGUCAAGCAACAUAUUGCUCGACUCAGAAAUGCGAGGCAGGGUUGGAGAUUUCGGAUUAGCAAAACUCUACAGUCAAAAUGAGGUACCGAACACUACACGCGUAGUAGGCACGUUAGGUUACUUGGCGCCGGAGCUGGUAAAGGUGGCUAUACCGACAGCUGCGAGCGAUGUGUAUAGCUUUGGAGUGGUGAUACUAGAGGUGGCGUGCGGGAGAAGGCCGAUUGAGAUAGGUAAAGAUGAAGAUGAGGAUAUGGUUUUGAUUGAAUAUGCGAGGGAUUUGUAUGUUGAAGGGAGGAUUGUAGAUUGUGCUGAUAAGAGAAUUGAAGGGGAGUAUAGUGUUGAGGAAAUGGAGAUGAUUUUGAAACUUGGGCUGGCUUGUUGUCACCCUGAUCCUCAAAGAAGGCCUACCAUGAAGGAGAUUCUUGUUGUUCUUCUUGGUGAGGAUAUUACUGCUGCUGCACCCGCUGAGUUGCUCGGUGAAUUGGCUCGCGGUGGUGGAGAGGGGUGUGCGAACACCGAAUCAAAUCGAUUAAUGGAAUCAAAUUGAUAAAUUCAGUUCGGUUAAGAUUUGGUAUAAAACAGAAUUGAAAAACGUAGGAGUCAUGCAUGCCCUGUUCAGUUGCGGCCAGACUUGACUUUUGAUUGCUAAUGUGAAAUAUGUCUUCAUUUAUUCAAAAAGAUCUUUCAGUUGAAUUAAGUUUUUGUCAA